AUGUCACGGCAGAACAUUGUAAAAGUCACAUCUUUGGUUCACACCUCCAGAGGAAGAUGGCCAGCAGCAACAGGCGCGGCCUCCAAGAAGGAGCGUGGGGGUUUACGUCAUGAAGUAUGCCAAGAAAGUGAAACUGGUGAAGCUAUUGAGCCGGAUUUGGACGUGGAGUUCGAAGAGGAAGCGUUUGAUGAUCCGGGUUUGACAGAAUCAAGUCCCAAAGCUACCCAGUCAGGACGCAAGAAAGACAAGAAAUCUACGGGGACUGAUUCUGUUACUGAGGAACAAGCUAUUGCAUCUGCAUUACUGCAGCUGCAGAUAUGUAGCCGGUCAAAAUUCAUACAAAACUUCAACCCCAAAAUCAGUGAGAGAGUCUUGCGCAAGAAGAAGACAGUGCAACAUUCCAGAAGCACAGGAAGGACCAGGAGCCAGAAUCAGCAGUGUGUUUAUGGACCUGAUGGCACACUUGUUAAUUCUGACAAAGAUUUAUGUGACUGCCUGCAGAGUGACUGUCCUGGAUGCUACUACCCUUGCCCAAAAUGUGGUUCUGGAAAAUGUGGCAGUGAAUGCAGGGUGAACAGAAAGUGGUACUAUGAGAAAGUUGAAGUCGAGGGAACAAAGCUGAUUUGGAAAAAUGAAUUUGUCAAGAAAAAAUAAUUUUUACCUCUUACUAUCCACAUAGGGAAGCAUUUCAUUACACAAUUAUUUUUGUUACUUCAAACCAAAGCUCAUAUUCAGUAUUCUAAAGUUAUUUUUUUAUAAAGAUUAACAAAAACAAGAAUAACGUUUUUCAAAGAGCAAAUCCAGAAGCUGUAUGAGGGCUCGAACCUAUGCGCUGGGUGUUCCCAGAUGUGUAUGUUGUUUUCAGUUUAUAUAUUAUUUUUGUAUUAUUUAGGUUAUCUUAAAGUGUAAAAGAUUUUACUGAUACAGGGUGCUUGCCAUUUUUAUACACCCCCUUUUCUGUUUUUGUUAUUCCAUGUUCAUGUGUGUCACUAUAACAAAAAUAAACUAAUAAAAUAUAUUUGUUUUGGCAGCUUGUGAUAUAUUUUGUUGUUUUAGCUAAUUGCAUGUUGCAAUAUAGUAUUUAAACAGUAUUAACCUGUUGGAUGCUCACUAAUAGCCAUGUUGAGGACAGGUAACUCAGUAAACAUGACCAAUCACUGUGGCCUUCCUCCUACUACCGAAAUUUGCAGGAAGACAUGUCUCCGACUAGACCACAUGUUGGUCACACAAGAUUAACUCGUGUUCACUAAACAAAAUCCACACACAUAUGUAGUGUAGGCUGACUUCAUACACAGUUUCAAAUGUAGAUAUGACAGAGCUCGAGAAGCUCAGGAAUCUGUACACCAGUAGAUUGAUGGUUGAGAGGCGGGACCAAAGAGCCGAAACUCAACCCCCACAAGCACAACUAUGUGAGUAAACAUGCACAAUUCCUGAAAGCAGCAACAUCACGAACACGAGGACACAGAUUCAAGGUUAGGAAACAAAGGUGCCCAAAAAAUAAUAUAAAAUUUUCUUUUGCAAACAGAGUGGUAGACGGUUGGAACAAGCUAAGUAAGACGGUGGUGGAGGCCAAAACCAUCAGUAGUUUCAAAUUGUUAUAUGACAAAGAGUCUGGGGAGAUGGGACACUAUUAGCAUAGCUCUUAUCCAGUAACUAAACUUAGGUAAUUACUGUACGUACGCACGCACACGCGCGCGCACACACACAC